AUGGUUCCCUCUUACGCAAAACUCUUCGCCGCUGUGUGCGGUUUGGCCUCCACCGCCGCUGCCGUUAACCCCGUCGUUGUUAAAGGAAAGGACUUUGUCGACACCGUUACUGGCGACCGAUUCCAGAUCGUCGGUGUCGACUACCAGCCUGGUGGCUCAUCGGGCUUCAAGGGUACCGCCGACCCUCUGAGCGACAAGGACGCCUGCUUGCGCGAUGCCGCUAUCCUGCAAUACCUUGGUGUCAACAGUAUCCGCGUGUACAACUUGGCCCCCUCGGCUAACCACGAUGAGUGUGCUUCCAUCUUCAACGCCGCCGGUAUCUACAUGAUUCUGGACGUCAACUCGCCUCUGGACAACGGUUCCCUUAACCGGGGUGCUCCUUGGGAGUCCUACAACCCCGUCUACAUGGCCCAGGUCUUCGGUGUCAUUGAGGCUUUCAAGAACUACCCCAACACAGCUGGUUUCUUCUCUGGUAACGAGGUUAUCAAUGAGGACAGUGUUGCGUUGGUUCCCAACUAUAUUCGAGCCGUCCAACGUGAUAUGCACGACUACAUCAGCAAGAACUCCAAACGUCCUAUUCCUGUCGGUUACUCCGCCGCCGAUGUCCGCCCUCUCUUGGUUGACUCUGCGUACUACUUUACUUGCAACCUCGCCAACUCGACCAAUUCUCGUUCCGACUUCUUCGGUCUCAACUCGUACUCGUGGUGUGGUGACGCAACCUACACCACUAGCGGUUAUAAUGUACUUACUGAGGACUUUACUAACAUCACCGUACCUGUCUUCUUCUCCGAAACUGGCUGCAACAACGUCAGGCCUCGUGUCUUCAGCGAGAUUCAAGCCAUCUACGGUCCCGAUAUGUCUCAGGCUCUUUCCGGAGCUUUGGUGUACGAAUACACUCAGGAAGCCAAUGACUACGGUUUGGUCAACCUUAACAGCAACGGAACUGUCAGCCUGCUCGUCGACUUUGAGAACUUGAGGUCUCAAUACAGCAAGCUUGACUUCAGUGCUAUCACUGCCUCUAACUCCAGCCAGACCGCUAUCACCCCUCCCGUCUGCGACCCUAAGCAAAUCACUUCCAACAUCACCAAGAGCUUCCGUGUUCCAGACCGUGUUGACGGAAUUGAUGACAUGAUCAAGAAUGGUGUUACCAAGAACGUCUCUGUUGGUGCGUUGGUUUCGGUCUCUUCCACCAAGAUCAACCAAACUGUGUAUGACAGCAAUGGCAAUAUUGUUACUGGCUUGAUGUUGAACGUCCUCUCAAACGGCGCCGUCAACACCCCCAGCAACUCUACCACUGUUUCAUCUUCUGGCUCCCGCACUGGCUCCAGCACCGGCAGCUCCACUUCAUCCUCGACCACUGGUGCUGCCGUCUCAGCCCGUGCUAGCGCUCUCACUGGUCUUGGUGCUCUGACUGUCAUGGCAUUUUUGGCAUUGUAA